AAUCACGCAUACCCGAAAAAAUGGCGUCGAAGAACGAAGCGCACGCGCGUAUCAACAGCAUCAAAGCCGACCUCCAAUCGAUCUCGACAUGUUCCAACGCCACAGUCAGCGCGCUCCAGGAAAUUCUCUCGAAAAAGGAAGACGAGUCACCACAGAAAGAAAAUGUAAAGGGCAAGACUCAACCGACUGCGCGGAGGAGAGCAGCGACGGGUGCGGCUGCAGAUGGUCAGAAACAAAAGACAUACACAAUUGCGCCCAGGGAGAAAUACAUACUGGCUACCGAAGUCGCAAACAAGACCCUCCAGACACUUGCCGAGGCACUCAAGAAUCCGAUAUCAGUCAUCGCCGCCCGGCUCCCUUCCAAGUCGAAGCCAACACCCACCGAAGAUGUUCGCAAGCCAGCGCGACCCGGCCAAACAAAGACCCCGCCACUCUCACAACAGCCUCUCCGCGAACGAUCCGCCUCUCAGGUACACAAUUCGCCUCAUAAACGCGCCCCGCGCCGGUCGUCGUCAUACUCGUCGUUCCUGUCCCCAGGUCCUGAUCCAGGCCUGGUCGCUACGGCCGAGUGCGCAAGGACGGCAUUCGCAUUCCUUGGUACCCCAGAAGCAGCAAAGGUCCUGGGGAAAGAUUCUAGGGAGCUGCAGUACGAAAAUGGUGUGCUUGCGCUUAUUGGGAAGCUGGUUGCACAUGGCCUAGACAACAUGGCCGUCAAAGAGUUAAGGACGCUGAAAAGGAGGUUGGAUAGGCACAUUGGCCGAGAUACUGCACAGCAAGUUAGCGCUACCGACAAGGAAAGCCUGGCUUCACUUUUGGACUUUGCAGCCAUAGACCCCAGUAGCACUGUUAUACCACUGGCCGCCAGCUUCCAAUCAUACACAUUGCGUAUCAUCGCCAAACUAAAACGGCCACGAACAAUUGAAGCGACCUGGGAAUUUCUGAAACCCACGAACCCAUCCUCACCUGCGAAUCUGCUUUUGAGUACUGCAAAGUCUCCAGCCAGUCAAGCUAAAGUAGCUAGGCAGCUUGAGUCGUUAGCCCAGACUAUUCUCUCACUAUGCCCGAGUAUUUCGAGUGUGGACGACGCAAACACUCUGCAACCAUCUGCAGAGAAAGUCUUGCUACUGCAACAUUUGGCUUUUAGCGUGAGGAAGCAGUGGUGGAGCCUCGUCAAACAUCAGAGUAAUGAGGAACUAGAGCUGUCGGAGCCUUUCGCCAAGUGUUUGACUGCCUUUGGCCGGAGAUCCCAACUUAUUCCUAUUAAAAAGUACAAGCUGGCCGAGACUUUGUACACAGACCUAUUAGGAUGGUCUGAUGGUUCCACUACUUCACCAAAUGGCGCUCCUGCCUCGACCACCGCGAGCAAGACUUUGUCCUCACUUGCCCAGGCUGCGGGAUUGUCUGACCAGGCUCUUCGAUGGUUAGGCUCUUCAACUUCCUCCACUACCUCCAAAACUCCUGCCGUGAAGCAAACAGCGAGGACGAUACGAAUAGCUACCAUCACUAUAGAGGCUUACGUCAAAGGCGAAAAGAAAACUGAUCUGAAUGACGUAAUUACGAAUGCCCUCGAUGCCUUGAAUGGAAGCCUGGGUGGGUCAGCGGCGGAUCUCGAGUCGCUCUUUGCAGAAGUCAACGCCCUGAGACGAGCAGCAACGAAGAUCCUCAUCGCACGUCUGUCUAAGCCUUCAGACGAUGACGAAAAGCUGGCUGUAGCGCAACAGACUGUGUCUGUCGUCGCCGCAAGCAUACAUUUCUCAGCAAGGUUUCUGGGUACUGCAUACCCGCAUAAAGCCGACUCAAAAACACAAGGUCAGCACCACGAUCGGGUAAUUUUGGCCUGGAAAUAUAUGAAGGGUACCAUUGACUCGGUCAUGGCAUGUUGUAAACAAACCAUCAAGACUGAGGACGAGUGGAAAGACUAUGACAUAUUGUUACAAGAAUGCUCGCACGUACUUCGUCGUUUCGAAGAAGAGGUUAAAGAGGGAACUAUGUCAGGCGAGGAAACCGAAUCUAUCAUUGGAUCAUAUGUUGUCAAGUUAUCCAAUGGUUACUGGGCUCUCUAUAUGCAGCUACGGAGGACCCGCUGCAAGCUCGAUACCUUAGUCAUGCCUAUGCGGCGCUCCAUCGACCUUGUACAAUCAAGAGACCCAACUGAGCAAGAGAGCGGACUUCUCUCAAUGAAGCUCGAGCAACUAGGCGAGACCUUGGAAGAUCUGGGCCAAAUUGAAAACUCCCGCGACGCUUUUCGGCAAUGCAUACAAAGCCACCUCACUACAGAUAUUCUGCGACAGCUUUCCGAAACUUCAGCAAAGUCAUCUCUUUCCGUAACAUUCAGCGAUACUGGACCAUUUAGUGUAAUUGCCAGGCUCCUGAAAGGUUACCAUCAUUCGUUCGUAAAGUUUGGAAUUCGUCAGGCGGAUGAAAUCGCAUAUUUUGACAUUGACACAAUUCAUGCAGACGUCGAAGGGGCUAUGUUGGAGUUGCAGUUGCACUUUAACUUACGAACGUUGUCGAAAAAUCGGAAAUGGGACUCGAACCUAGACAAAUCAAUUCGCAGCCUGAUCGAGCGACUCCGUAUAGUGUAUGUGGAGGAAACAUACCCUGUUCGACGAUUAAGGUCGUCUAUCGCUAUUCUUCAGCUUUUACAAAACGAUCCCCAAAUCCUGUCCCAAGACAACCAAACUUUCGGCUUUGAUUGGGACAAAAGCACAGAAAUAGAGCAGUCUCAAGACCAAGCAUUGAAGGGAUAUCAAGCUCACCUAAAAGCACUUUACGAUCUCAAAUCCUCGAUGCAGCAAUCCUCUCCCCCGACGUCAACUCUUCAGCAAUGCUUUGCCACGUGGGAGUCUCUCGUCACCUCUGCAUCUUCUUGGGAUAUACUGAGCGAUCGAAUUGACGAUAUGGAUGUUUGGCUAAGAGACCUUCAUGCAUGUGCGGAAUAUCUCAAUGCAAAGGGCGAAGAGUACCUAGCAUUGCCGCUUCUUCAUCUUUUAGUUGACAUUCUUGAGCUUCAAAAAAGUGCCGAUGGAUCUGAGCUCCUCACCACGCUGUGCGCUUUGGGGCUACAGUUGCUGCGUCUUGGUUACACUGGGAAAGCAGGCCUCUGCCUUGCCAAAGCUGAAGCACUGAUCAGAUCCCGAACCUGUUCUGUCGAUGCUAGACUGGAGUGGCACAUGGCUUAUGCAGAAUAUCUGCUAGGUGUAGGGAAUCCAGCGAAAUGUUCGACAAUCAUGGAAAAUGCCCAAUCUAUUGCGCUUGGAGACUCUCAGUUUUUGGACUUGGCGAAGCCGACAACCACACUCUCCGGCCGGCUACGGUUCAACAGAAUCGUGGCAGAUGCUUCCUAUGUUCAUUCAUUGUCUGCUACUGCUGCUGGAUCAUACAAAGAAGCGGCUCGACAUGCGAGGCAGUGCGUCACGUUGAACCGGCGUAUUUGGGCUGCCCUCGAAUCGCGGUCAAACGCCAAGAAGGCCGCGUCUGCAGACGAACUUGAAUCCGAAGCAGAUGGGUCGAGCCGAACAGCGUUUGACCCGUUGAGCUCUCUCCGUAUUGACAAAGGUGUGCCUGUUGUCAUGUCUGUCACCCACGGCGCCCUUAGCGGACCUGACUUCUGGGCUUUGGUCCCAUCCAUGUACCGUGCUUUGAUGCAACAAUCUCAAAUCUUUGCUCACCAAGGGUUGCUGCACGAGGCUAUUUAUGUCGCCGAACAAGCUGAGAAGGUUGCUUCUGCAACACAAUCUGCGACACUCAUGACUGACAAUGCCAGCUGGCGUGCUGACUGUUGGGCCCAGAGCAAUAGACCCGAUAAGGCUGAGGCUAUUCUCAAAUCGCUGGAUGCGCCUACUUCACGCAAAUGCUUAUCGACCGCUGGCUACUAUUCUGCUGUUGCUAGAACACAUCACUGGAAUGGUCAGUAUGAGCAGGAGAUAGCGUCGUAUAACCUCAUGGAGCAGCUUCUGAAAGAUUUGAGUUCGCCGACAUACGUGAAGACUCUGGAGUCUUUUUCCGCUCCGGUUGAUGCACUUACAGAUCAGCUGUCAUCCUUGACAGUAGAUAUAACCAAGGUAACCAAAGCAAAACCGGCAACAAGAGGCCGUAAGCCCGCGGCCAAAGCCGCACCACGGACAACUGCAAAGUCUGCUACCGGCACUCGGCCUAGAGCAGCUACAACACGGGCUGGAAAGACGGCGCCAAAAUCAACCCGCCAACCUGGUGCUCCGCCAGCGUCAGAGGAACCGACCACUACCGACCAGUGUGCCGGAUUGUGUGUCUUCCAAGCGAGCAUGAGGGAUCGAGCUGUACUUGCGAAUAUCCUACAUGACGAUCUCGCUGAAGCCCUGAAACUUCUUAGUCAAGCCGAAGACCUACAGAAUGGGUUGAGCCAGGAAGUAUCGCACAUGUGGGCAACCUUCAAAGCGAGACUCGCACAGAGUGCAAAACAGAUUGCGGAAGACUUCACUGUAAACACACUUCCAGAGUCGACAAUUGCGUUCCCUGCCUUUGGUCUCAAAGACCGCAGACUUUCUGAGGUAGAACCUGUCAAGAAAGGGACUCUUGUGUCUUCUGCUACUACCAAAUCUGGCCGAGCAAAGAAGCAACCAAAAGAGGACUUUAUGGACACACUCCGCGAAGCACGAGAGAGACUUGUAGAAGCGCAUGCUCUGUGUGCUACCAAUGGCUCGAACCAUUUGCUCCGCCAGACCUCCAUGGCGCUGGGUCAUGUUACAGUGCUCAUGUCAGCUGUAGCGGGUAGCGACCUGCCAGGCUCACUGCACCCAAUGUAUGCCGCAUACAUGAGCGAACUGCCCAAGGUCAACGCAUUGAGACUUGUACAGGAGUCGACUGAGGCGGAAAAGGAGCAAUUAUCCCGCGACGAGUGUAUGCAAUGGCCGGUGACGGAUACAUCAAGUUUUUCGUUUGCGUCGGUAUCGGAGUUUCAAAAAGAUUACGUUGACAUCAUCCCGGAGACGUGGAAUGCGGUAUCGUUGGCUCUUAGUGAGGCCCGUGACGAGCUGUUCAUUACUCGUUUCGAAAAGGGCUUGUCGCCAUUUGUGUUGCGCCUGCCAUUGGCUCGCCACGCCUCUCGCGACAUGGACGAGGACGAGUUCUCGUUUGACGACGGAAAGAGAGACUUUGACGAGAUUAUCGAGCUCAGUGACUUUAGCACGCGAAGCGCCAAGGAUAUGACUUCGAGGGAAGCAAGACAACAGUGGUGGGCUGAACGUGAGGCUCUCGACACGCGCCUGCAUGAGCUACUCAUUAACAUGGAGAACAUCUGGCUUGGCGGCUUCAAGGGUGUCUUUUCACAGCACGAGAGACAACCAGCUCUGCUUGCAGAGUUCCGCAAGUCAUUGGAGAACAUACUGAACGAGCACUUACCGUCUCGAAAAAAGAAGAGCCAACAAAAGCGACCGGUACUGGAUGCACGAGUUCUGGAGCUGUUUAUUGGUCUUGGGGACGCUACCAAUGAGGAACUCGACUUGGACGAAGCGCUCAUGGAUCUGAUUUACUUUGUUGUCGAUAUCCUCCAGUUCAACGGUGAGCGCAACGCGUAUGACGAACUCGAUUUCGAUGCCAUGGUGGUCGAGACGUAUGAAGCUCUCCGGGCGUACCACAGUGCAUCUCACAAGCUGGAGUCUGCUUGUCGUCACACGAUACUCAUUUUGGAUAAGGACUUGCACGGGUUUCCGUGGGAGUCGCUGCCAUGCCUAGAGCAGCUAUCAAUCUCUAGAUUACCCUCACUUGCGGCCCUUCGCGAAAGGCUGCUCUCGGCACGACCGUGCGGAUCCAAAGCGGAGACUGCGCCGGCUGGCCAUCACAUUUGCUCCAAUAUGAGGGGGACGAGCAUGCUCAACCCAUCAGGGGACCUGGCGCACACAUCUAAGACGAUCGCGCCACGUCUAGACCAACUCCAGGGAUCAUGGGAUCGCAUUAGCAAUCGAGCGCCAUCGGAAAAGGAGUUUGAAAGCAGUCUGCGAGAAAAGGAUCUAGUGCUGUACUUUGGUCACGGCAGCGGUGCACAAUAUGUCAAGUCCAAGGCAGUACGACGACUGUAUGCAGGCCAAGGAGAUGAGGACGACAGGAAAGCAGGAUGUGCGACGACGCUACUAUUUGGCUGCUCUUCGGUGCACCUUAGUGAAAACGGCAUCUUCGAACCGUCAGGUAUGCUUGCUUCUUAUCUUACUGCCGGAGCACCGGCUGUUGUGGGCAUGCUUUGGGAUGUCACGGACAAGGACUGCGAUCGCUUUGCCGUCAAGGCUGGCGAGCUAUGGGGACUGUGGCCCGAGUCACAAGACGACAGUGGUGGUCCUGCAAAGAGUGUGGGAAAGACGCCCGCAAAGAAGGCCAUAGGCAAAGGUAGAGCUGGGCAGUUGGUGGACGAGGUGGAGGGGGUGCGCGGUGGGGGAAGCGCAAAGAAAGGAAAGAAGACUGCCAGGGCAGCAGAUGGCGAUGGUGGGAUUGAGAGCGAGAGGCAGAGGGGAGUCGGGCUGGACGAGGCAGUCCGCGAAGCACGCAAGGCCUGCGUGUUGCGAUAUCUCAACGGGGCGGCUGCGGUGGUAUAUGUACAUGGUUACUUACAUACAAAGACAUGGGCUCUGCCGGGCGACCUGUCGGCUGCAGGCAUGUGCAGUAGUGCUUCUCCUCUCCUGGAAGCCAGCCCUUCACUCCCCUUACUGAACCUACUCCUCCACACCCCCCUUGCGCCCAGCCUCGGAUGCGAUACGGCCAUGACGGAACGCCCGGUAAAGUCUGGCUCGUCUCGCAAGCGGGCGCUGGUGAGCUGCGACCGAUGCAAGAUCCGCCGGGCGCGAUGCAUUCGCGACAAUGCAGACAUGCCAUGCGCCGAUUGCAAGGCAAGUGGUGUGGCCUGCGAAUCCAAACUUCCCCGGAAGCAGCGCGUCUACGGCAGUGUCGAGACGCUGAGUCUACGCUAUAGGGCGCUCGAGGCCCUGGUCAAGGGCCUGUUCCCCAACGAUAAUGUUCAGGAUACCGAGACGCUGUUUAGGAUCGCGGCCGCGAGGAAUAUCACCAUGCCUGCCAAUGAUGACUUCACUCCGGCAAACAUCUUCAACACCACCGCCACCGCCACUGCCACCGACCAGCGCUCGUCGUCGUCGUCGCAGCAACAACCACAACAACAACUAUUACCACAACCGCAACCACAACUUCCACUUCAACCUUUUCAAACAUCCUCCUUUCCCCGGCAGGCACCCGCUGGCCCAUUUGCCACCACACACGAUACUACCCAUUCUUCUCACAAUGAUUUUCCACCCAUCAAAAGCAAACAUGAUCGCCCCAGCACCCUCUCCGACUCCCAGCGACCCCCCUCUCGGGCAGAAGAGCUCUUGCGAGCAAAUCGACGCACCUCCCACUACUUUGGUCCCUCGAGCAGUUUUCGCCUUGCCACAACAAUACGCGCUCUUGCUGCUCGAUGGAUAUCAAUCACGGGUGCAAGCGCCCACUCUUUCAUCUCAGAUCCAUCCAGCAACUCUGGCUCCAUUCUGAAACGCAGCAGCACUGACCCCUCUCACGAAGAUCUUACUUUGCCUGAAACAAUUCAAAUUCCCCUGUCUGGCAAAAGAAGUCGCAAAAGAUCCAGGUCAGAACUGGAUGAUUCCAGUGAUGAAUUUUUGUCUCGCGAGCAUAGUCUGAGCAGAGACUCCAUCGGGACUCUCUUACCGCCAAAAGCUACCGCCGAGGCCCUGGUGUCUGCCUACUUUAGCCAGAUUCACAUGUAUAUGCCUUUGUUCAAUCGAAGCGUGUUCCAUCUUCGUGUGGAGGCAACAUAUUCUCGAAAAGCCGAAUUGAUCGAUGAAUGCAAGGACAUUGGCUGGCUGGUGGCAUUGGCCCUCGUCUUCUCCUUUGGAUGCCAGCAACUGGACGGACUCGACUCUAAGCAAGCCCGUGAGCUACGAGUCAAAUACCUCAAAUUUUCCAAAAACUACUUUCGGCGGCUCCUGACAACAGCCUGCCUGGAUAAUGUCCAGGCACUUGUUCUGCUCAACAUGCACCAUCAUAGCGUUGGGCAAAAGAGCAGUUCGUGGCUGCUUAUAGGCCUCGCUGCACGCAUGGCAACUACCAUGGGAAUGCAUCGAGACGCUUCGAAUCAAGAAUUCGAGUUUGUCGAGCGGAAUAUACGCCGCCAAGUCUGGUGGACCAUUUACAUUUUUGAAAAAACCUUGUGCAGUGUCCUCGGCCGCCCAACCGCGAUUGACGAUCGCGAAAUGUCACUCCACAUGCCAGAAUUCCAGGCAUUCGGGCAACCUAGUAUAUCUGGAGACUCUGCCAGCCUUUGCUUCGAUCUCGUCCGCCUGUCUUAUAGUAUCCGGCAACGCGCUUAUUUUGAUCAAACUUCGGCUGAAGAACGCUCGCCGACGCCUGCAGUUGCAAAAGCUCUACUGCGAGAACUUGAUGCUUUUAUCGCAACCGUUCCGCCAAACAUGUCGCUAGACUGCUACCCAUUGACGUCAGAGCACAGAUCUAUGGUAUUACUGCUGCAUAUUUACUAUUACCAUACGCGUUGCAUGGUUACCCGGGAUUUCCUGGUACAAAAGAUUGAGAGUAGCCUAUCCUUUCUUGAAAACGAAAUGUUUACCGAUUCCGACAACUGGCGAACAACCCUUGCCCUGGCCGAAGACUGCGUCGAGUCUGUGCACAAAAGCCUGCAGUGCAUCAGGGCCGGUAUCGAGCUUGGAAUCAUCGGAUACUCGUGGCUGGAUUUCUACUAUGUUUUUCACUCAAUCAUGAUUGUAUGCGCAGACUUUCUCGCCCGCUCAAAGGGACAUGUAGAGUCAACCAAGGAUACUGAGCGCAAGACGACUGUACGGGCCGUGCUAGAUCAAAUCCGCGACAUGCAAACUCUUGCGCCUACCUACAAGACGCUCAGCCGGAUUGCGCUGCAGUUUGCUAACAUAACAGAGGUUGCUGCUGACAGAAAGUCACCAACGCCGACAGACACGCCGCACGAUGCAUUGCUCGAGCCCGUAGCCCCCGCGGCGAGCGACGCAGGUGUCGAGCACGUAAUGCAGCUCGCAGAUCUGGGCGAAGAUUGGUUCACAAACGCGACCGCGGACCUUGAAUUAGAUUUCUUCGACUUGGGCCAUGUAACAAACCCCGUGGCAUUUGCUGCCAUGCCAGAUCCCCCUUCAGGCGCUGAACAGACCAUAGAGUCGGCCAAUACUGAUGUCGAGGAUUGGACGUCCAAGACGCUAAAAGGAUUGCACACUAUAUAGAUGAAAGUUGAUCCUGUGCUAUUUUGCAGCACAUAAUACUAGCGAAUUUAUCUUGCCGUCAUGAGUUAUGAAGUACAGCAC